AUGAUGAACAAGUAUGGUGGUAAAAUCCCAGAAAGGGAUGUUAACUGUUAUACCCAAAUGAUAUUGGAAGGACUUUUGGAUGUUUAUGAGAAAGGAUUCAUUCACUCUGAUCGAAAACUAGGUAAUAUUCUGGCUUUCCCUCCUCAACAUGGUACCCAUUUACCUACUCUAAAGAUUGUCGAUUUCAGGUUAGCUAAACAACAAGGGGUAAAAGAUACAAGGUUUGGGUUUCAAGGGAGAUCGCCAUGGGACACUCAUGAUCGAGAUGAUUUAAGAGACAAGCUAUUGAUGGGAGAAUCACCCAACAUACUGGAGGACAUGUCAAAGCUAGGAAAUAGUUUCUUGAGAGAAUGUUUUACUAUCAAUCCAAACAAAAGGUGGAAUGCUAGCAAGCUAUUAUGUCAUCCGUAUCUUCUUCUAUCAGAGCACAUGCUUCCCAAAGAUAACCAACAAUCUUUACCCUACUUUCAACAACAAAAAGUACUAGAGUCUCAAAAUAUUCCACCGUUACUAGGUUUUAACAUUCCUAAUAAAAUCUAG